AUGCAGAUUUAUUUAUUGUUCUUUUUCCCCCCACACUGUACAUUUUGUAAUUUUUAUUUCUCUGAAAUUUUCCAUGGACCCUCUAGUGCUCCGCUGGGUGUCCAUAGACACCAGUUUGAAAGCCACUUAUGGAGAGUUGUCCGAAAUCUGUCCACAGGUAGUCUGCAGAGGAUGAUCAGUCGCUACCCCGAAGUCAUGCUUCUGUCAGUCAAGAGUGUAAACAUGGUGUCCCGACUGCUCAGAGAGAAAUGCCUCUUCACCAUCCAUCAGGUCACAGACAUCCUCAGAGACUCACCUGAGGUUUUGGAGGAGGAUUUGGCCAAGCUGGAGUACAAAUUUCAGUAUGCAUAUUUCCGUAUGGGUGUGCGGCAGCCAGAGAUGGUAAAGGCAAAGCUGUUCAGGUUGUCUCUCUCUGAGCUCCGGUGUCGUCACUGUUUUCUGGAACGGAGGGGACUGUACCAGACGCCAGACAAAAAGGGCCAAACUCUCAUCCUUAACCCCCCGCUCAAAGACAUCCUCUGCGUCUCUGAGGAAACCUACCUGACGCAGGUCGCCAUGGCAACUGCAGAGGAGUUCCAUGUUUUUUGCAAGCUGAUGGCAAGAGAGCAAGAGGCAGGGGAAUACAGCAGUGAUGAGGAGUUAGGGGAGGAUAAAGAUGAUGAUGAUGAUGAUGAUGACGAUGGACUGCACAGGAAAAAGCGUCACUGGAACACUGGUUACAAGAAGGACAGGAAAUGAGGCAUUUUGUAUUAAAUAUUCAAAAUGAAUAAAAACGAUUUAAU